AUGUUAAUAUUAACAGUAUUUUCUCUACUGUGCUAUUUCGUAAUAUAUAGUGCAGCAGAUACAAAGUAUUUGCCUGAUUGGAAAAGUUUGGACAGUCGACCUCUUCCACAAUGGUAUGAUGAAGCUAAGUUUGGCAUUUUCAUCCACUGGGGCGUUUUCAGUGUUCCAAGUUAUGGAUCAGAAUGGUUUUGGAACUACUUGGAAAGUUUGAAACCUGAUUAUCUCGAAUUCAUGAGGAAGAAUUACAAGCCUGGUUUCACAUAUCAAGACUUUGCUAGAGAUUUUACUGCAGAAUUUUAUAAUGCUUCGCAGUGGAGUGCACUAUUCCAAGCAUCAGGUGCUAAAUACGUCGUACUCACUAGUAAACAUCACGAAGGUUAUACGCUUUGGCCAUCAAAAUAUUCUUUUGGUUGGAAUGCGAAAGACGUUGGACCUCACAAAGAUUUAGUUGGUGAACUUGCAUCAGCUAUCAGAGAAAAUACCGAUCUCAAGUUUGGUUUAUACCACUCACUAUUCGAAUGGUAUAAUCCUUUGUGGAACUAUGACCAGAAGAACAAUUUCAAAACUAAUAUAUUUGUAACAACUAAAGCCAUGCCAGAAUUGAGAGAGCUAGUUGAAAUUUACAAACCAGAAAUUGUAUGGUCUGAUGGUGACCCAGCAUCUGACGUAUAUUGGCAGUCCAAAGAGUUCUUAAGUUGGUUAUAUAAUGACAGUCCUGUUAACAAAACUGUAGUAACUAAUGACCGAUGGGGAUCGGGUACAGCUUGCAAACAUGGAGAUUUUUAUUCUUGCGCUGAUCGAUAUAAUCCUGGUAUUUUACAAAAUCAUAAAUGGGAAAAUUGCAUGACAAUCGACCGUAAAUCAUGGGGCUACCGUAGAAAUGCUGUAUUGGAAGAUUACUUGAGUUUGGAAACUUUAGUAAAAGAACUAGUCACCACUGUAAGCUGUGGCGGAAAUUUACUGAUGAAUGUUGGGCCCACAAAAGAUGGCAUAAUAACGCCUGUAUAUGAGGAACGUCUAAGAGGAAUCGGAAAAUGGUUGGAUGUCAAUGGAGAAGCCAUAUAUAAAAGUAAACCUUGGAAAGUCCAGAAUGAUACUUUGACGGAAGAUGUUUGGUAUACUGUCGGAGUAAAUGGUGAUCUGUAUGCCUCUUUACUAUCUUGGCCAGAAAAUGAUACAGUAAUAUUAGGAUCAGUUAAGGUCAAGUCUGAUACAAAAGUGACAUUACUUGGAAGCUCUCAAGAAAUUGCAUUGAAGCAAUUGGAUGAGUAUCUUGAAGUAUACUUAUCUUCAAAAGCAAAUAAGGGACAACCGGCAUGGGUGCUUCGAAUUACAAACUAUCAAUAA